UUUUUUUUUUUUGGCGCCUAAAGAUUAAAGAAGGUGCAUAUAAUAACAACUUAGAGCAAAAACUUCCAUACACAUAUUCACUGCUAUUCUCAAUAUUCAAUAUUCUCUCUCCUCUCUCUCAAAAUGUCAUUGCUUUCCCCUGAGAUGAUCUUAAUUCUCUCUGGUGCGAUUGCUUUAUCUCUUUCGGUUGGUUUCGUAAUUGGCUUACUAGUUUGGCAUUUCUUUGGUCCGGCGGCUGCGACACCACGCAUAGCACAAGCAACGCGGUCGGCGACGAACCUGCAGAUAUCUCCAAGGCGAAACAUGAGAACUCAGGAGCAGACGGACCAAGAAGGCCACACAGAGGCUUCACGACAGACUGGUAGACUUCUGGAGUUGAACCAAAACAUUCAGUCUUCAUCGCCACAGGACGAAGGCGAGCGGUCUGACCAGACGAUUCUGCCUCCACCGCGGGAUCAUGAGAGCGGCACUGAAGCUUCACGACUGACGGAGGGAUCUCAUGAGUUGAACCAGGCACCGCCGCAUGACCACCCUAUGCCGAAGAACGAUGGCAAGAAGCAGUCUAUUGAACGAUUUUAUUCAGCCCGAGACUCAAUGAAUGUAGAAACAAAUGAAUCGGAGAAGGGGCUUCAGUUGCAGCAGUAAUCUGAGAAGCAAGCAUUCGAAACUGAGGAUUUCCGUUUAUAUGGACCGUUGGAUGAACUUUUCGUUCUGUUUUGCAUAAAUAAUGGGGUAUUUCCUUUUCCCACUUAAUAAUCAAUAAUGUGACAGAUUGUAUCAAACUUCUAUAGCCCGCUGCUUGGCUUAGUGAUGUUAAAUACAAAACAUUUUUUUUUU